AUGGCUAGGGCUGUUGGGGGCCUCAGGGCCUUGGGGAGCCUGGUGCUACUGGGUCUGUACAGCUGGACAGGGGUCAGGGCGGCUGCCCCCAACGGAGUGAGAAACCGGGUGGAGACUCAGACAAACACCUCCAUCACCCUGCGCUGGGAUGUUCCUGAAGGCCCAGACGCCAUGAACCUCACCUACUGGGUCCAGUGGUUUAGAGAUGGUGACAGAAAUGAGACCCAACACACAACAAACACCAGCAUCACAGUGGAUGGACUCAGUCCUGGGUCUUCAUAUGAAUUUUCUGUGUGGGCAGAAAGAGAAGGGGCCAACAGCUCCAAGGAGACUCUCAAUGCUGCCACAGCUCCAAAUCCAGUGAGACACCUGAGGGUGGAGACUCAGACAAACACCUCCAUCACCCUGCUCUGGGAUGUUCCUGAAGGCCCAGACCCCAUGAGCCUCACCUACUGGGUCCAGUGGUUUAGAGAUGGUGACAGAAAUGAGAUCCAACACACAACAAACACCAGCAUCACAGUGGAUGGACUCAAUCCUGGGUCUUCAUAUGAAUUUUCUGUGUGGGCAGAAAGAGAAGGGGCCAACAGCUCCAAGGAGACUCUCAGUGCUGCCACAGCUCCAAAUCCAGUGAGACACCUGAGGGUGGAGACUCAGACAAACACCUCCAUCACCCUGCUCUGGGAUGUUCCUGAAGGCCCAGACCCCAUGAGCCUCACCUACUGGGUCCAGUGGUUUAGAGAUGGUGACAGAAAUGAGAUCCAACAUGCAACAAACACCAGCAUCACAGUGGAUGGACUCAAUCCUGGGUCUUCAUAUGAAUUUUCUGUGUGGGCAGAAAGAGAAGGGGCCAACAGCUCCAAGGAGACUCUCAGUGCUGCCACAGCUCCAAAUCCAGUGAGACACCUGAGGGUGGAGACUCAGACAAACACCUCCAUCACCCUGCUCUGGGAUGUUCCUGAAGGCCCAGACCCCAUGAGCCUCACCUACUGGGUCCAGUGGUUUAGAGAUGGUGACAGAAAUGAGAUCCAACACACAACAAACACCAGCAUCACAGUGGAUGGACUCAAUCCUGGGUCUUCAUAUGAAUUUUCUGUGUGGGUACACAAAGAAGGGGCCAACAGCUCCAAGGAGACUCUCAGUGCUGCCACAGCUCCAAAUCCAGUGAGACACCUGAGGGUGGAGACUCAGACAAACACCUCCAUCACCCUGCUCUGGGAUGUUCCUGAAGGCCCAGACCCCAUGAGCCUCACCUACUGGGUCCAGUGGUUUAGAGAUGGUGACAGAAAUGAGAUCCAACACGCAACAAACACCAGCAUCACAGUGGAUGGACUCAAUCCUGGGUCUUCAUAUGAAUUUUCUGUGUGGGCAGAAAGAGAAGGGGCCAACAGCUCCAAGGAGACUCUCAGUGCUGCCACAGCUCCAAAUCCAGUGAGACACCUGAGGGUGGAGACUCAGACAAACACCUCCAUCACCCUGCUCUGGGAUGUUCCUGAAGGCCCAGACCCCAUGAGCCUCACCUACUGGGUCCAGUGGUUUAGAGAUGGACACUCUGCUGCUGGGACCCAGAACACUUCAGAUACCAGAAUCACACUGAAGGCACUGGAAGCAGGGAGUCUGUACACCCUCACCAUCUGGGCCGAGAGGAACAAAAUCAGAGGUUAUCCCAGUACCCUCACUGAGGCCACUGUUCCCAACGAGGUCAUACUUCUGCAGAAAGAAAAUCAGACCAAAAACUCGGUGACUCUGAGGUGGGAGGCCCCUGCAGAUCUCCACUCUCAGGUCUAUACCUAUGAGGUCCAUUGGAUCAGUAAAGAAAAUCCCCAAGGACAUUUGGACAACUCCAUGGUCAGAACCAAUGACACUUGGUAUGAGGUGGAGGCCCUGGAGCCUGGCACUUUCUACAACUUCAGUGUGUGGGCAGAGAGGAGUGGUGCAGCCAGCUCCACACCGAUGAGAUGCUCCACCCUCCUCCCUUUACCUGGAUGACUGGGCUUAGCCUCUGCCAACAUCACCUCUUGUGUCAGCACCUCUGGGGGCUAUGCAGUCAUCCUGACCUGGUCCUGCCCCUCUGGGAGCUACGACACCUUUGAGUUGGAGGUGGGUGAGCAGAGGAGCUCCCAGAACAAAUCUUCGUGUAUGAAAGAUGUGGUCGUGCCAGGCCUCGGGCCGGCUCAAGCCUACACAGCUACCAUCACCACUGUUUGGGAUGAAUUAAGGGCACCAUCUACUUUUGUGACCUGCUACACAGACAGCACAGUGGUCAUUGCUGGAGUUGUGGGUGUCCUCCUGCUUCUCAUCCUGGUGAGCCUGCUGAUUUUCUUCCUGAGCAAGAGGAAUAAGAAGAACCAUCAGAAGGAAGAACCCAAGGAUCUUAUGCUCAGCUUCUCAGGGGACAUCCUGGCCAAAGACUUUGCUGAUCACGUCAGGCAAAACGAGAAGGACAGCAACUAUGGAUUUGCAGAGGAGUACCAGCAACUGGCCCUGGUAGGCCACGACCAGUAUCAGACAGUGGCAUCUACUCCCGAGAACAUGGCUAAGAACCGCUACAGAAAUGUGCUGCCCUAUGACUGGUCCCGGGUACCACUGAAUUCCUUCCACAAGGAGUCAAGCUCUGACUACAUCAAUGCCAGCUUCAUGCCUGGUCUCCAGAGCAACAAGGAGUUCAUUGCAGCCCAGGGCCCCCUGCCCCAGACUGUGGGUGACUUCUGGCAUCUGGUGUGGGAACAGCAGAGUCACACCCUGAUCAUGCUGACCAACUGUAUGGAAUCUGGCCGGGUGAAAUGUGAACAUUAUUGGCCUCUGGAUGCUCAGCCUUGCACCUAUGGGCACCUGCAGGUGACCCUGGUGGGUGAGGAGGUGACUGAGAACUGGACAGUGAGGAACCUGCAGCUUCUCCAUAUGGAGAAGCAGAAGUCCCUAGCUGUGCGCCAGUUCCACUAUCUGGCCUGGCCAGACCAUGGUGUCCCCCACUCCCCAGACCCCUUGCUGGCUUUCUGGAAGACGCUGCGGCUGUGGCUGGACCAGAACACAGGGGGAGGUCCACCCAUUGUACAUUGCAGUGCUGGCGUGGGCCGAACAGGCACCCUAAUCGCCCUGGAUGUCCUGCUCCGGCAGCUGGAGUGCGAGGGUCUCGUGGGGCCCUUCAGCUUUGUGAAGAAGAUGAGAGAGAGCCGCCCACUCAUGGUGCAGACAGAGGCCCAGUAUGUGUUCCUGCAUCAGUGCAUCCUGAGGUACCUCCAACAGUCAGCCUCAGAUCCCGUCCAGAAGGAGGCCGUGUACGAGGAUGUGUCAAACCUCGUUUAUGAGAACAUAGCUGCUAUCCGGGCCCAGGAGUUGGAGGUCUAA